AUGAAGGACUUAUCCACGUUGAUUCAUCUGACCUGCCUACUCUUUUUGGCUUCCAUAGCUCUGGCCGCCGAAAAUCUGACAAAGAGCACUUCCAUUUUAGGUUCAGCUCGAGAUAAACGAUUUUUAGGACUCUUCAACUUGAUCCAAUUUGCCAAUACGCAGUGCAAUGCCUCGGCCACCAGUGAGCUCUCGGGAGUUUGCUAUACUCAAUCGGAAUGCCAAUCAUUUGGAGGAAGAGCAGCCGGAGAUUGUGCCUUGGGAUUCGGCGUUUGUUGUGUCUUUGAAUACGAUUGCAAUUCUUUGCGACCCGCUCCUCGAGAUGUGUUCUACUUCCAGAAUGCCAACUUUCCCAAUGAUCAAAGUGAUCCUUCUAUGUGCCUCUUUGGAAUCUCGAUUCUGAAUGCGAACAUCUGUCAACUCAGGCUUGAUUUUGAGGAAUUCGAUCUCGAUUCGGGAUCGAGUUUGACCUCACCAUGUGACCGGGACAGUUUGGAGAUCCUUAGCACGGGGAUGUCGGAUCUUGGAAUGGGCAAGCUCUGUGGCAACAACCAAGACCAGCAUUUGUACAUCCCGGUGAUUAAUGAUCGAUCCCAACCCAUGAUCAGAAUCAUGACCGAGGAUCGAAUGCUCAACGUGUCUCAACCCUAUAAAUAUAGAAUUAGAGUCACGCAAAUUGAUUGCAACUCCAAGGAUCCAUUGAUGAACGCUCUAAAAGCCCCAGACAAUUGCCUCCAAUAUUUCGUGGAACGCCGAGGCACGAUCCAAAGUUUCAAUUGGCGACCCGACUUGCCACGAGUGUACCAAAAGAACCAAAACUACGCCAUUUGCUUUCGAAGAGAGCCUUCAGACUGCCAAAUGUCUUUGAAGCGAGCUCAAAACGCCCCGGCCUUUUCCACCAGCGUUGGUCAAGCCACUGGAUACACCAAAUUCUGUGCCGUCGACAAUGGCUGUGGGUUCGAAGAAUGCUCCAAGGCCUUGACGGGAAUCAUUGGGAGCGUGACGUUGGAUCAUUUACAAAUCAAUGCCUUUCAUCGGAGCUCGGCCAUGCCCGCCACACCCGUUCAGGGCAAGUCAGAAUAUGAGGCCUCGGCCUUUUUUUGCGGAGUCGGUCUGGGCGCAGAUACCCCGGGUAUUGGCGAUGGAGAGGACAUCCGUGAUGGAGUCAUUGUCCAGAGCAAAGGCCCAUUUGUGCUGAGGUUCUUCACCGAUGAUGAGAAUGGUCAACCAAACACACCAACGGUCCCGACCCCUGGACCACAAAAGAUCAAUGAGCUGGGAUUCAGUAUUGACUAUCAGAUCAUGGGUAAUUGCCAGAACCUGGACAUUGGGAUCCUCUAGAUCCCCUCUCUUUAUACCAUGCGUGUACUUGUACUUCUACCCACGUUUCCCAUAUUGUUGGGGGGGCACCGUAAUAAAUAAAGUGUAUU